GAGCAAUCAAAUACCAGAAUCCCUUCAGAGUCCUGUUCCAGUCUCAGACCCCUCCAAAGUCCUUUGACUCUCGCUCUAUCCAGUCAAAUACUCUCCUGCUCUGCCUGCGGACCAACUUAACGCCGAGAUCAGCAACACAGCGACAGCGACAGCGAACAAAACCCUAACAGAAUCUAGGGUUUCGGCGCCGAUGCAAUCGUCGCGCGCGGCGACCUAAUCGGGGAUCUCGAUGGGGUGCGUCCUCGGCAAAGGCGACGGAGGCGGGGGUGGCGACGCCCCCGCGUCCCCGCCCGCGAGGGCGAAGCGAUCGCCACGUGGCGUCCAGCCGGAGAUCUCAGACUUCAGUGGCGAAGAUCGAGGCCGGAGGUGCGUGGCGGAUGCGGUGGCCGUUGUGGACGAGGCGUCGGCGGCGGAGACGACGGAGGUGAAGGCGGCGGAGAAGCCGAGAAGGCGGAGGCGGCGGAGGCAGGGGGAAUAUACCGGGACACGUGAGAGGGGAGCAGACUGCGACGGGGUGGCCGGCGUGGCUGUCAGCGGUCGCCGGUGAGGCUAUUAAGGGGCUGUACCCCUCGGCGAGCUGAUUCUUUUGAGAAGAUCGAUAAGAUUGGGCAAGGCACUUAUAGUAACGUUUACAAGGCUAGGGAUACAUUAACAGGAAAAAUUGUGGCAUUGAAGAAGGUCCGGUUUGACAAUUUGGAACCAGAAAGUGUUAAGUUUAUGGCACGAGAAAUCCUCAUAUUGAGACGGUUGGAUCAUCCCAAUGUAGUGAAAUUGGAAGGAUUGGUCACAUCAAGAAUGUCUUGCAGCUUGUACUUAGUGUUUGAGUACAUGGAGCAUGAUCUUGCUGGUCUUGCAGCCAGCCCAGGAAUCAAGUUCACCGAGCCUCAGGUCAAAUGUUAUAUGCACCAGUUGUUGUCGGGUCUUGAGCACUGUCAUAACAGGGGUGUGCUGCACCGCGACAUCAAGGGAUCCAAUCUUUUACUCGAUAAUAGUGGAAUGCUUAAGAUUGCAGAUUUUGGGUUGGCUUCAUUCUUUGAUCCAAACCACAAGCAACCUAUGACUAGUCGAGUAGUCACACUUUGGUAUCGACCCCCUGAGCUUCUUUUAGGGGCCACUGAUUAUGGUGUUGGUGUGGAUCUUUGGAGUGCAGGGUGUAUUCUAGCAGAACUUUUGGCCGGAAAACCGAUUAUGCCUGGCCGAACUGAGGUUGAGCAGCUGCACAAGAUUUUUAAGCUAUGUGGUUCCCCUUCGGAGGAUUACUGGAAGAAGUCGAAGUUGCCACAUGCAACCAUAUUUAAACCUCAGCAACCAUACAAACGUUGUAUAGCAGAGACUUUCAAAGACUUUCCACCAUCAUCGUUGCCACUGAUCGAAACUCUUCUUGCUAUUGACCCAGCUGAACGUCAAACUGCAACUGCUGCAUUAAACAGUGAAUUUUUUACAACUCCACCUUAUGCAUGUGAGCCUUCAAGUCUUCCACAAUAUCCUCCAAGCAAGGAGAUGGACGCUAAACUAAGGGAUGAAGAGGCUAGAAGGUUGAGAGCUGCGGGGAGAGGCAAUGGCGAUGGAACUAAGAAGACGCGAACACGUGAUCGGGCUGCUCGGGCAGUUCCUGCUCCUGAAGCUAACGCAGAACUCCAAGCCAACAUUGAUAGAAGGCGUCUAAUAACGCAUGCUAACGCCAAGAGCAAGAGUGAAAAAUUCCCUCCCCCUCACCAAGACGGCGCUCUUGGCUACCCUCUUGGUUCAUCACACCACAUGGACCCCGCCUUUGAUCCUCCCGAUCCUUCUUCAUUCAGCACUGUAUUUCCUUACCAAAAAGGACAGGGUGUCGCCACUUGGUCCGGUCCAUUAAUAGACCCUUCAGCCGUUGGCAAGCCAAAGCGAAAGAAGCAGCAAAAUACAGGGAUCUUGCGCUCUAAAGAUAAGAGCAGUUCUCGUGUCAGAUAAUAUAACAAGAAUUCAUAUAUCUUGAGGCAACACUUGUUUAUUUUGAUGGAGAGGUGAAAGAUAGAAUUGUAAUUUUCUUUUCUUCUCUGUUCUAUUUUUUGGGAGGGUUGGCUCUGAUAAAGUUGUGGGCUGUAGAGGGAACUUUGUUGCCGUGUAUAUUUAAAUUUUCAUCCCUUUUUUCCCCCUUUCCUUUCGUUGGGAGACUGGAUGCUGUUUUAGGGUAACAAACUAAUAAAAUUGUAGUAGAAUCAUGUAAUCCAUUUAUAUGUUAUUUUGUAAACCAUUGUCAUACAUCCUCAUAUGAAUUCGGUUUCCUGAUA